GGUAAAUGAUCUGUCUUUGGGCCACAGCAUGAUGGCAGAUAUGGUAUUUAUUGCAAAUCUAGCAUAAGUCUGUAGUAGUAGAUGGUAAUGUAUGUUAAUUCUUGUAGAGUUUUACAUGGGUUUCUAUAUUUAAAGGAAAAUACACAAACACAGAUUUAACAGCAUAUGUAUCUGAAUAACAUGUUGUGUUCAAAUUAACCCAUCCAUAUAUCUGAGCCAUUGGUUUUUUUAUGUUGUCUCCUUGUAUCCUUCUAACCCACCCCUAUCUCAAAAACUGUCAAAUGGUGAAACAUACAAUUUUCUUGUAAAUUUUUGCAAACCACAGGUUACAAGCACAACAAAGGACAGUGCAUAUGCCCUCCACCCUUCAUCCUUUGGACAUUCCCAACUCAGAAAAGGGAUGCAGAACGCAGAAAGCAGUAGGUAAAGUUAGUGAACAGGAUAGACAAACUGGCAGGCAAAGUUUGGCAGGCAAACUCGUGGACCAUCUUGGGCUGUGGACUCAGACUCUGGAGGAGGACUGCAGGUGGUGGCACAGGUGGACCAUCUUGGGCUGUGGACUCAGACUCUGGAGGGAGGGCUGCAGGUGGUGGCACAGGUGGACCAUCUUGGGCUGUGGACUCAGACUCUGGAGGGAGGACUGCAGGUGGUGGCACAGGUGGACCAUCUUGGGCUGUGGACUCAGACUCUGGAGAGUGGACUGUAGAGUGGACUGUAGAGUCAUCAGUACCUGUAUGAACAAAGGGGAAAGAGCCAGUCAAGAAAAAAAUCCCCAUAGACAGCAAAGUAUUAAGUAA